AUGCUUUCAGAUUGGGCCCAGAUUGGGUUGCCUUGCUUCCCGCUUGCUACCAAACGUGCCGCCGACCGGCUGCUGUCUCUCGGAACCCAAGAGGCGAAGCAGAAGCAGAGCAGAGCAGGAUAUCAGCGACAUGGUUGGGCAAUGAUCAGACUGUCCUCGGUGCUCCCAAAGAAAUCUCCAAGGCGGCAGCAGCAUGAGCAAGAGAGUCUGUACAACAUCGCCGAGGUCCUCGACAACGCCCAGCCCUACAGGACCACGAGGGCCAUCUCGAAUUGUGGCCUUCUUCCGACUCCGUUCCAUUAUUAA